GCAUCUGAGGCAUCCGUAAGAAACCUCUUGAUCAAUCCUUCUUUCUCUCUUUUAUCUAUUUUAAUGUUCCAUCUCGGCCUGUCCUCAGCAAACACUUAACAUACUCCCGAUCAACCCCCUCCUUCCCCAUCGCAUUUCUGCCCAACCCACGACUGAAAAACACAGAACAACAACCCCCUGGCUGCAAAGAGUACCCGAAAAGCCAAAACGAUAAAGUAGCGCCACAGUGCCUGGUGGUAACCUCACCGAUACGCCUUGUGUCUCGCAUCCAUCCGUCCUCUGCCCUCCGUCCGUCACCGAUCGGUGCGCAUCCCGUUUGCCAGGGAAACCCGCCGUCUGCUGGGAGGCCCGUUGCUCCAUCUCUCCCCGGCCAUCGGUGCUCUGAGCAACCUUUACAUGCCCAUUAGCAGUCUCCGGGCAACUUCCACUGCCCUCGCGAAAUGCUAUCCUGAGAUCGAUGUGCAUCGCAAUAAAUAUCAACUCUACUUCAUUGACCGCGUUCGCGGGUCCCACGACCACCGCCGAGCUUAGCGCUUCGGACCCGACCGGCCCUUUGUCUGCAACUCUCGCCUGCGACCUCGCCGGGCCCACCGAGUGCUACAGCGCUUCGCUCAUCGGCAGCACAGAGUCGCAAACCAUGUCAUGUCCGCGGUACGCCGGGCUUGGGCCCACCCACAAUAGGAAACACGGCCAGAGCGAUCGGGCGACUUCCACCACCCCCCCACACACUGAAAGUUCUCUCCCUGUCUUGAGCGACUCGACAACAAUGGUCGUUGGGCACUGGCCAGCAGUCUUUCAGCUUACAGGGCCAUAUGACAUGGGGGCGUGGUCGACCGAACGCCGUUGGCUGGGGCCAGAAUCGCCGUCGCGCCCCUGGUCGCCAUCGCCCUCCGUCUCGGUUGUCUUUCCCCCAAAUUCCACGGAGCGCCCAAAUCCCACCGGCGGUAACAGGUUGACGCCUACAGAGUACACCACACUACACUGCCUGCUGUGCAAAUUGCCGCUUCCUUGAUUCAGCAUCCAAGAUCUGCACGGCGCCAACCUCGACCGGAAGAGCGCCCUCCACCGCUCGUUCACACGUUUACAGACACAACGGAAAUGCGGCGCCCGGCAUGACGCCUCCCAUGCUACGCUUCGCCCCCGUGUUUUGGUUUGUUCACCUAUCCACAGCACGGCCCUACCGACCGAGGUCAAAGGAGGCCCGGACACGAGGUAAGAUGAGUGUAGCCGUCCGCCUUCUGGCCGUCCGUCCGUCUCUCCAUGUGCAUGGCCCCAUUCAUUUGCCGGAGGCGCUGUUCGCCGAUUCUCCAAUCCAGCAGCUAAAUAUAAAGUGCAUGCUUACUCUGGAGUACAUCGUCGCUGCUUGCAUCUGGGGCGGGGCCGGUGGCUGUCAGCUUGGCUUCCUCCGUCGACGGUGGCACGGUUUGGAUCUCGGUCUACAUUCUCUUCUUUCGUUGGCC